AUGGCGAGUUUUGCAUCUAGAACAGGGUAGAAAAUUAAAGAAUGGUGGGGAGCCAAAGUCACAGUUGAUCCUCAGUUGGAAACCAAAAAGCAAAGGAUUAAUGAGAUAGAUCAAUAUAUCAAGGGGUUGUCACAAUCCUUUAGCAAUAUUUCAGCAUUAUUUUAAUAAAUGCAUGGCCAUAUGGGACGAAUCAGCUCGAUCACUCAGAAGUUGUUUGAGAAGGAAACUGAUACUAAUAAGAGAAUAGGAAUUGAAGUCACAUCCAUGUUUGGCAACCUUUCAGAACUAUUCCGAUCAAAGACAGAACCAGCAUCGGAGUUGAAUAAAAAUUAUGGAGAAUGGUUUUAAACUAUAGAAACAUUGAAAAUCCAACUUACGAAUUUCUCCGAGGUUAGAUUGGUUUAUGAUCAUUAUAAAUUGAAAGUGGAUGAAUUGGAGAAGGAUCGAUCCAAUGCAAUUUCAAAGGGAUUGCCUGAGGAUUUUAAAUUAUCAGAUAAAAUUAGGAGAAAUCAAAGUAAAUUAUCAAGUUCUGAAACAAAUUAUAAAUAAAAGCUAUCUGAGAUUUUAAAUAACAUGAACAAAUUAUUGGGAAAUUACUAUAGAAUGAUAAAUUAGAGUCUCGAUUCUUUUAUUACUAUCAAUUUUGAUUUGUAUAUGAAUGCUAAAUCAAUUGUCAAGAAAAAUUAAAAAGCAUUUAAUAAAUUUAAAUAUCCAGAAUUAGAGCCCAUAAUAGAUCUAUUAAGAGAGUAGAAAGAGAUGUCAUCAUUAUUAGAGAGAGAAUAAAUAAAAGAGAAAGAAUUAAAAGAAUUGAAAGAAAAGGAAAAAGAGAAAGAAAAAGAAAAGGAGAAAGAAAAAAAUAUCAAUGAAAAAGAUGAGAAACAAUAGUAAUAACCACCACCAUAACAAACUCCUUAAUGGGAAGUUAAUAAUAAAUUUAACCCUUUUGGUUAGACUCAAUAAAUGAAUUCACAAACUCAUUCCAUGAUUAAUAAUCCCCAAAUGAUGAAUCCUAUGAUGAGCUCUUAAACUGAUUUUGGUAGUGGAUUCGGAGUUAAUCAAAUGGCUAAGUAAUAAUAAUUUAUGAACCCGAUGAUGUCUCAAAGGUAAUCUGUGCAACCAUAAAGUAUGAAUAAUAAUUUCGCUAUGAAUUUUCCACCCAAUCAAAAUAGACCUGAUGUGUUUGAUGACGUGGGAUUAUAAAUGAUGAGCGAUAUAAGAGCUAGCUAGAUGAAUGCUUGGUAGCAAUAAUAAUAAUAACCAUAUGCCUAGAGUCAAAUUCUUAAUUAAAAUAAUUUUGUUAAUAAUAAUCCAUUUAUGAGUUCACAACAGAUGAGCCAAAGAGCUAGUAUGUAAUAAAACUAAGGGUUUUAAUAAUUUGAUUCCUAAAUUAAUAGAUAGCAAUAGCCAAACCCUUUUGCGGAGUUAGACAAUGAGACUUAAAGAAGGGCUAUGUAUGAUAAUCCAUAUACGUACAAUCAGCAAUUUUAAGAUAAUUAAAAGACUAAUCCUUUUGCAUGAUUAAUAUUAUAUCUAUUUAUAAAUUCAUUUUUAUAUAUUAUUUGAA